AUGGAUUCCACGACGUUGGCUUUGGCCAUUCAACCGCCUGUCCGAGCGAGACCUGGGGUAGCUUUAUAUCCACCUGUGGCGGCUCGGUUGAGCAGCCAGGCCGACAUAAUCGGGCAGCUCUCCCAAAUCUGGGCUGUGGCAACACUUGUUGAUCGACAAUCUGGCGAGAUUGACGACGAUAAACUCGACGGAAGAGUGUCCGACUCAGCACAUCCUCUGGCCCAAGAUACUCAGCGAAGCAGUGUUGCUGUGGAGGACAGAGCUUAUUUUUGUUUUCCAGAUCUCAUUAUCCACAAGCCUGGCAGGUACCGCAUCAGAGUCAACUUGAUGCAGAUGGAUUAUUCUUCCAACUCUUUUCCUGACGGAAUUGCGAGGGUGAUUGAGUACGUUGAUAGCCACUCCAUUUCUGUCGAACACGGUGCCACGGAUUGUUCCAAGCCAAACGCACAAGAGCGUGCCUUCCUUCGAUUGCUGAAGCACGAUGGCCAGCGGAUCUCGUAA